AUGCAGCCUCCGCUCGUUUAUCUGCUUUCGACCCUUUUGAUGAGUAUGUCGUCGGUUGACGCCAGCCCCUUUGACUUCGUAUUCGGCAACGGGACAUAUCAAAGUCAAAGCCAAAGCCAAAAUCAAGCCUCCCUUACCGAUGUAGUUCCCCAGGAUAGCUCCGCUACUACUUCGGCUACAGAAUAUUCCCAAAUCACCCACUCGCACCAUUCUGCCACAUUAGUUACUGCCACCAUAUCUUCCUUCCCAUCCGCAUGGUAUAGUUCAGAUGUCACUUCCCAGUUUUCGACUUCUGAACAGGCAAACUCCGGCGCAUCAUAUACCGACCAACAAUCCGAUUACAACAAUUACAAACACACUUGGACCUCGUCUACAAACGUUCAGCCAUCUUCCAGUCCAACCGACUCCUACAUUGAAAAUAUUGGUACAACUGCCAGUUUUGCCGCUUCCAGUGGGAAUACCGUCUCUGAUGUUUCCACCACCAGUGUUUUCACUAUUGCGAGUGCAAACUCCGUUUCCUUCACAACCACAACCACUCCAGAUAUUGCAUCGAACGCAUCUCCUACUUCCGAAAAUCCAAUUAUCUCCAUUAGUACGACGUCUUCAGCUGAUAAUAACAUGGAUCUAUCGUCAGGAACACCGGUUGUUGCCUCCUUGUCAACCUCUGGUAAUCCAGAGAGUUUUGAUCAAACUUCAACUGCCGAGUCAACGGACAUUAUAACCUCAGGCGCCAGCAGCAUUCCAUUACAAAAUUCACCUGGUUCUGAUAGUUUUAGUUCUUCAACUACUGUGAAUCCAUCGCUAUCAGCCGCAGUGGUACAAACAAGUGACUCGAGCAGUUCCAGCACGGCUAAUCCAUCAUCACCAGCUCUUCCACUGAGCUCAACAGAAAUCGAUGGCUUGAGUGCUUCAACUACACUGAGCACACCAUCACCAUAUAUUUCACUACAAGCAAGUAGUUCAAGCAGUUUCAGUAUGAUUAGCUCACCUGUAUCUUCAGUUCCACCACAAAGUUCAUCAGAAAUUGCCAGUUCCAGUAUCUCAAGUACAGUCAGCUCAUCGUUUGCGGCCGUUCCAUUGCAAACAAGUAAUUCAGGUAGCUCAAGUUUAGUGGCCUCAUCUACUCUUGCAUUUCAAAGUUCAACAGAAGUUGAUGGUGCCAGCACUUCGAGUACAGUGAGCUCGCCAUUAUCAGCUGUUUCACUAGAAUCUACUGCUCUCAGUAGCUCAAGUUUGGCGAGCCCAUCUGCGUCAACUUUUUCACUGCAAAGUUCGACUGGUUUUACAAGUUCUGGCGUUUCAACUACAGCGGGUGCACCGCUAUCAUCUCCCUUCCUACAAACAAGUAGUUCAAGCAGUUUCAGUAUAGUUAGUCCAUCUGUAUCUUCUAUUUCACCACAAAGUUCAUCAGAAAUUGUCGGUUCCAGUAUCUCAAGUACAAGCAGCUCAUUGUUCUCAAAUAUUCCACUCCAAACAAGUAGUACUAGCAUGGUGAAUCCAUCUACGUCUACAUUAUUUUCAAGUGAUUCCAGCACCUCGAAAGUGUUCGCCCCGGCCUCAACCUCUAAGGCUCUGUCGCGUUCCACGCCAAUAACUUCUGCCACGGAAGCUUUUCAAUCAAUGUCUACAUCCACUUCAAGUUUGCCUUCGCAGUCUCAAGCCGUAAGCACUUCUGCCGUACUACCUCAAACAACUACAACAUCAUCACCGUACACUAUUGUAAGCGCUUCAUCUACAAUAAUUUCUGUAUCAUCUGCAUCUGCAGAAACAUCCCAGAGAAGUAUUUCACAGAGUACGGCGGCGGUGUCCUCGUUUCCAUUAUCUUCAACGAUAGAAGAAGGUACAGCAUCUAGUCAAGGGCCCUUUACAACCUCCAUUUCAGUUCAAACAUCUGCCUCGAAUUCGUCUUCUCAAAUAACCAAGCAACUAGACUCUUUAACCUCACAGUCUCAAUCCGUAACUUCGUCCAUUGAUAUCCUUUCUCAAGUUUCCGACUUCCCUGUGUCCUCCGCAAGAUCAAUAUUGUCUGGUUCUCAGAGGUCUAGCUCAUUAGAAACCGCUACUAUAACUACUUCACAUUUAUCCGCUUCUACGGAUGAAAUACUUUCUAAAAAUAGCUCAGCUAUGAGCAAACAGACUUCUGGGACCACCAGCUCGAUUAAAUUGACAACUUCCAAGCACCAUAGUAGUCAGACAACUAGGACUCCUCUAUUACCAUCCGUAGCCGUUUCGAAGGCAAAUAAUAGUUCCACUUCCACUUUAUUGGAAAUUGUGACGUCUACUCCCAUUCCAUCAUCCAAAACAUCCUCUUUGCUUCUUACAUCACCAACAUCCUCAGUAAUUCAGGUGCCCGCAAAUACUAACGUUCAAACGAGUUUGACAACCGAAUCCACGACUGUUUUACAACCAACCACGACAGACAAUACCAGUGUCUCCAGUUCGAUCACUUCUAGUGAUAACAACUGGUGGAUUCCAACUGAGUUGAUUACACAGGCACCGGAAACUGCUUCCACAAUAUCUUCUGCCAUUGGUGGAACACAAACCAUGACUUUGCCUCAAGCAGUUGCUGCUGCUACCCAAAUCCCUGAAUCUGAGGGGUAUAGCUUAAUUACAGUCGGAUUCAAGAAACCUCUAAAUUACGAAUUUGUUGUGUCAGAACCAAAAUCAUCAGCCCAAAUUUUCGGCUACUUGCCUGCGGCUCUUAACACGCCUUUCAAGAACGUGUUCACGAACAUUACUGUCCUACAAAUAGUGCCACUGCAGGAUGAUUCGCUCAACUACUUGAUAAGUGUUGCCGAAGUUUAUUUUCCAACCGCGGAAGUAGAAGAGCUGUCGAAUCUGAUCAUGAACACCUCAAGCACUUUUUACACGGAUGGCACGGGUACAGCGAAAUCUAUGGCUGCAAUGGUUGAUCCAUCCAUCCCUCUAACGGGUCUUUUACGUAAUAGUAAUAGCAACUCAAGUGGAUCUUCAGAUGGAUCCUCCUCCAGUGAUUCAAACUCAGGAUCUUCAAAUUCGGGAUCCACUUCUAACUCCGGUGAUUCUUCAUCUUCCUCCGCAGACUCGUAUCAAGAUGCGGGUACUCUGGAAUAUUCAUCAAAAUCUAAUUCCAAUGUGUCCGGUUCCGGCAAAUCAAAGAAGAAGAUUAUUGGCUUAGUUGUUGGUCUUAUUGUUGGAGGAUGUUUAUAUAUUUUGUUCAUGAUAUUUGCUUUCAGGUAUAUUGCUAGAAGACGCAUCAAAAGUCAACAGAUCAUUAAGAAUCCAGAGACUUCCAGUGUCAGUUCAAGUGAAUUUGGUUGGGAGAAGCAUCACAAUAACGAAAAGAGAAUGAGUGUUCAAGAAUCCGUAACACAAUCUAUGCGAAUCCAAAACUGGAUGGAUGAUAGUUACUAUGGUCACGAGUUGACAAAUGAUGACUCGACUCCAGUCAGGCACAAUACAUCAACCUCUAUACCCAAAAUUUCAAGACCUAUUGCUAGUCAAAACUCCCUAGGUUGGAACGAAGUUUGA